AUGCCGCCCAAGGUUCGCGCUGCCGCCCCAGAAGUCUCGCUCGGCCCUCAGGUCGGCGAGGGAGAGCUCGUUUUCGGCGUUGCCCACAUUUUUGCUUCUUUCAACGACACUUUUGUCCACGUCACUGAUCUCUCUGGCAAGGAAACCAUCACCCGUGUCACUGGCGGCAUGAAGGUCAAGGCAGACCGUGACGAGUCGUCGCCAUACGCAGCUAUGUUGGCCGCGCAGGACUGCGCGGCGCGCUGCAAGGAGAUCGGCAUCACUGCCCUGCACGUCAAGCUGCGCGCCACCGGCGGCACUGGCACCAAGACUCCCGGCCCCGGUGCGCAGAGCGCUCUGCGUGCGCUGGCACGGUCCGGCAUGCGUAUCGGCCGCAUCGAGGACGUCACGCCCGUUCCGACUGACUCCACGAGGAGAAAGGGUGGUCGCCGCGGUCGUCGUUUGUAA